AGACUUUCGUGUCGGAGUGUGAGAAUCGCAGACACUCAGCAUAAUUUAUUUCAACUCAGCCGUCAGUCAGUAAGCAGUCAGACGAGCGUGAGAGCGUUUGAAGAAAUUGUAGAAAUGUCAAAGGUUUUGCUCGUAGUUUGUUUUGCACUGUGCAGCGUUUCGCUUGUGGCAACCAGAAGGAUGAGGACGUCAGUAGCUCCUCGGGUCACAUAUUCACCGGAGCUGUUGCAAGAUCUGCGCGAAUUUAUCAAUCUAAUACCAAGCAUCAAAAUCGACGAGCUGAUCGCAGAGUAUAUGAUUAUUGAUUCUGGCUUCCGGAAGGCGAUCAAAUUUCUACGCAGUUCCGAAUUUAAAAGGCUGCAACAACACGCCGAGUCGCUGCCCGAGGUAAUUGAGGUUAUAAACUUUGUGCAUCUGAACGAUACGAGUAUCAGAUCGAGGAUGCGAUUCGAUGUGCGACUCAGACAACAACUAAUCACACACACAUUCAAAAGCUAUGGAUAUGAGUUUAUAGAUGUGCCAGCUGGUAAUAGUAUAAGCGAGGGCAUGAUCGUAGUGCUGCUACCUCUAGCCCCCCAUGAAGUCGAGCCGCCUCUCAAUUUGGACAGUUUUAUUAGUUUCACCCGGGAGCUGCUGAGCCAACUGCCGCGGGAUCGUUUCGUCGAACUGAUCAAUGAGAAGCGCAAAGGCAGCCGCAUCUUUCCCAAAUUCUACGAGGCAAUUCGCAGUGAUGAGUUCAAACCGCUCUUAGAUAAGUCGAUGAAAUCGCCGAAUGUACAAAAUAUUAUAAAUACGUUGGGUAAUCAUGCCAUCGAUGCUCAGAGUCUGAAAGAAAUUGCAUUAGAAGUCAUCUCUUGGGGCCCGACUAUACAAAAUUGAAUAAAUAUACGAAUGAAUUGCAAAUUGUACUUA